AGUUGUCAUCAGUUACUGUUAUAACAAACAUGAUUCGUCUGCAAUGUAACAACACAGCAAAUGAAUGGCAGCAUGCUGUUGUUAAAAUCACCUGAAGGCAACAUUUUUGCGUCUGUCGUCAUCAGCGAAGCUUCGUCUGACGAUAUUCAGUAUUCACACAGAUGCCGUGCACGAAUGUAUUUAUCUUUUGAGGGGAGAUGUCUGCUCUUCCUUCAGAGAUGGAGUCUCAGAAUUCAACCCUGAUCUGCAUCAUAUGCCUGGAGCGUUUCCGGAUCCCUGUAACCAUCCCCUGCGGUCACACCUUCUGUCAAAGGUGCAUCACCAUUCACUGGGACACCAAGAGCAAGUCUGAUAUCGGACCUAGGUGCCCAAUCUGCAAUGAGGAGUUCCCCACCAGGCCCAUUCUCAAGCGCAACGUGUCCAUGUCAGUCCUGACUGAGGCUGCCAACAGCACCGGCCCCUCCUGUAGAGAGUCGCUCAUGAGGGGAAGCGAAGGGGUGAGACCCAUGCUGCUGUGUGAUCGCCAUAAAAAGCCUUUGGUUUACUACUGCAGGCAGGACAAAAUGUCUGUGUGCUGCGAGUGUGGCAUCUCUGAAUGCGUGAACCAUGAGAAGGUCUUGUUGGAGGCAGAAAGGGAAAGCCAAGAGCUGCUGCUGCAAAGGAAGAGUAAGGAGGUGGAGAAACUCACCGAAGAGACACAGAAAAGUAUUGCUGACUUGGCUGAGAAUAUCAGUCAAGCUAAGGUGACUCUUCAGCAGACUUCCACCUGGGUCAGUGUCAAGUUCUCCUCCCUGAUUAAAAUACUGGCUGAGAAGCAGGAGGCUACAGAGCAGUUCGUUGAGGAGCAGAGAGAAGCUGCCAUCACCGAGGCGGAGGCUCGGCUAACUGAACUCGAGGAGCGCGCCAAGAUACUCCUAGAGAGCCAGGGACAGAUAGCAGCCGUACAUAACCUCUCUGAUACAGAUCUCAUCAAGGAAUCAAUGGUCCUAGAAGUUCCACGUUUCAAAGAGAUUCCCACAGAUGUAACGCCAAACCUUCAAGAACAAUUAAACAGCGUCACAGAUGUCCUGUCCCGAGUCUCUAAGCUGGUGUUUGAGGACUUAGAGAAAGCUGUGAGCGUUGCCGUGGGUCCGGACAAAGAUGGUUCUCCUCAGGAGAAGAGGCCCGUGCUAGCUGUGGUUCCCAGUCCAGCCGCUCCGUGCCACCCGGGUGGGAAGGAGGGCCUCAAUGCUUAUCGGUGUUCUCUGACCUUUGACCCCCGCACGGCCAACGGGCACCUGUUUCUGUCCCAGGAGAACCGGAGGGCGGAGCACCUGACCUCCGGGCCGCGCCCCGUCCCGGCUCAUGAGGCGCGCUUCGAUCACACGUGGCAGGUGCUCUGCUUUCAGGGCUUCAGUCAUGGACAGCACUACUGGGAGCUGGAGGUGUCCAAGCCCUGGGCCUACCUCGGGGUAACCUACGAGACCAUCCCCAGGAAGGAGAAGGGCAAGAGGUGCAUGGUGGGUAUGAACGAGCUGUCCUGGAGCCUGCAGCUGGACGAGCAUCAGCUGAGUGCCUGGCACAACGGCCGGCGGGAGAUCCUGGCCGGCCACUCGCAGCACAGCCGCAUCGGCAUGCUGCUGGACUACGAGGCGGGGACCCUGACCUACUACGGAGACGGGCAGACCAGGCUGCACGCCUUCCACUGUGCCUUCAGCCGGGAGCUGUUCCCCGCCUCCUGGAUAGGAGAGGGGGUAAGCGUCACCCUCUGCUCCACAUGAGCUGACUCAUGAAGGGAAGUGGAGAAGGGAGCUCAGUAACAAGAAGCACUAUCAAACAAAGGCACUAGCUGACUCAGCAUAGAGGAUCCCCCUCAAACAUUUAGGAGGUUUUUACAUUUU